UUAUCUGCUUCUACUGACUCAUGGUCUCACAUGGAUCCUUGUGGAUAAGAGAUGAGAUUUAACCUUAAAAAGGCACAAGUCCCAGUUUUAGAUGUAGUUUCAUGACACAUCAAUUUUAUGAACUUGCCAUUACCCUCUGUUGCUCCGUCUUAUCUGACUCUAACCAAUCACCAGCCUGCCAAUGGAUUAAAGGAUGGCCAACUGAAAAUGAUCAAAUUGUCCUCUGGAAAAUCGGGAGGCCAGCCAAAGCAGCCUGUCAAAUUGAUAGGGGUAAAAAGGUCAUCUGAUUCAGUUAUCUGAUUUAUCUUGUGCGUAGCCAAUAUCUUUUCUGAUUUUAAGAAAGUUGGGAUAGAGCACAGAGUCUCACAGUAAGAGCGGUAACAGAUAUGGCAAUAAGCCCGGACUACGGAGCUUUCAUGGAGAAGUUUGUGCUGAAACCGAGCUCUUCAUCUGAUCAACUUCCCUUGCAUAGUCUCACCUUUGCUGUUAAAGAUAUAUUUGAUGUGGAUGGAUAUGUGACUGGUUUUGGCAAUCCGGAUUGGGCAAGGACUCAUUCAGCUGCCACAGCAACCGCUCCUGCUGUUUUGGCUGUACUAAGAGGAGGAGCCACUUGUGUUGGUAAAGUUAUUAUGGAUGAAAUGGCAUAUAGUAUAAAUGGAGAAAAUGCACAUUAUGGAACGCCUACAAAUCCUUCUGCUCCAGAUCGUGUACCUGGAGGAUCUUCUAGUGGGUCUGCUGUUGCAGUAGGUGCAAAGCUUGUAGACUUCUCCUUAGGAUCUGACACCGGAGGAAGUGUAAGAGUACCAGCAUCAUAUUGCGGUAUUUUGGGGUUUCGACCUUCACAUGGUGUUGUUUCUGUUUCAGGAGUUAUUCCAAUGGCUCAGAGUUUUGAUACUGUGGGAUGGUUUUCUAGGAAUCCAGUGAUUUUGAAACAUGUUGGACGCCUUCUACUUCAAUUGCCUGAUGUGGAUCGAACCAAACCAAAUCAGAUAUUUAUUGCAGAAGAUUGUUUCCAGCUUUCAAGCAUUCCAAAAAAGCGAGUUAGUCAAGUUCUCGUUAAAUCAGUGGAGAAGUUAUUUGGGGGUGAUAUUGUGAAACAUGUAAACCUUGGGGAUUAUGUUGAGGACAAAGUUCCAAGUUUGAGGCAUUUCAUGAGUAAAGAAAUCAAAGAGCAAGAGUAUAAUAUAGCACCCUUGGCAGCCCUCUCAAGUGCCAUGCGGAUGCUUCAAAGGUAUGAAUUCAAGACUAACCAUGGUGAAUGGGUUACUACUGUCAAACCUGAUUUUGGUCCAGGCCUAAAAGAACGAAUAUGGGAAGCUGUUCGAUCAACAGAAGAAAAUAUUGAUGCCUUCCAAUCUGUGAGGACAGAAUUACGUGCUGCCCUUACAAAUCUUCUAGAGGAGUUCGGAAUCAUUGCUAUCCCUACAGUUCCAGGGGUCCCACCGAAACUAAAUACAGAUCCAACUACUCUGGAAAUUUUUCGUGCCAAGGCUUUUAGCUUGCUCUCAAUCACUGGAGUAUCAGGAUUCUGUCAGGUCCUCCUCUCUUGCUCUUUUUAUUGUGUGAGUAUACCACUAGGCAUGCAUGAUGGUCUUCCUGUAUCCAUUUCACUGUUAGCAAAACAUGGUUCGGAUGUUUUCCUGCUAAAUGUUGUUGAAACCCUUUAUGACACUCUCCAAGAAGAGGUCUGCAAUAUCUGAAACAUAACGUGCCAGAGUUGCCUUAAAUAAAACACGGUGAGAGAUUAUACUGUUUGUUAAUUCUUUUAUUACCACUUGACAUAACUUCUCUUUUUCUUUUCAAAGUUGAACUAGUAAUGUCAAUGACAUUUUACCUGCAAACUAAGUGCAUCCUUUACUCCUUGCAACUGAGUAGUGCAGAAUCAUGAAACUUCAACAUCUCCAGCUCCUACAUCCACAUAAGUACCGAGUCAGAUUUGCAAGUUCAGAAUAUGCAAGAAAUCAUUCUUGCAGACUAUUUAGGAUUGAUUUUGUACUGUAUAAUAUGAAACAUGUAACUUGCUGAACUUUGUUAUUUUAUUUUAACUUAUUUAUAUAUGGGGAAAUGUAUAUGCAAA